AUGUUUGAAAGUGUUCCUGUAGGAGAUGCCAUUUUCAUGAAAUGGAUACUACAUGAUUGGAGUGAUGAUCACUGUUUGAAAUUGCUUAAGAACUGCUACAAGGCUCUACCUGAAGAUGGAAAGGUAAUUGUUGUUGAUGCAAUUCUUCCCAUGAAAACCGACGCUAGUAGCUCCGUGAUUAGUACGAGCCAAUGUGAUCUGAUAAUGAUGACUCAAGAUCCGGGAGGCAAGGAGAGAUCCGAAGUUGAGUUUCUUGCCUUAGCGAAGGGAGCGGGAUUUACAGGCAUAAAAUUGUACUGUUUUGUAUGCAACUUUUGGGUCAUGGAAUUCCACAAGUAG